CGGCCAUCAGGAGGGUGAACAGAGUGGAAACAUACAAACACUUUCGAAAAAUUAAAUCGUAUUUAACAGAAUUCUAAUAAAGGAUUUUGUGCGGGAAAAGUCACCAAGGUCUCAUUGAUUGUCUGAAUACGAAGUUUAUAUCCGAAGAUGUAUACAGCAAAGACGGUUUUGUGCUUCUUCCUUGUGGCAACAAUCACUGGAACCUAUGGAUCACCGAUAAAGGACGAAGCAAGCUCAAGUACCGUGAUAACUGUAGUCCCGAUCACCAACACCUCAAGUUCCGCGCUUACUGUAGUCCCGAUCACCAACACCUCGAAAACACCGGUCACUGUCAUCCCGAUCAUCAGCACCACGAACACCCCGAUCACUGUAGUCCCCAUCACCAGUACACUCCCGACGGUACAGACCUUCUCAACUACCCUCCCGAGCGUUCAAACGUUUUCAACAUCUAUGCCGACGGUUAACCCGUAUCCUUCCCCCGCGCCUAGCCACGGUUUUGACGGGGCAUCUUUUGGCGGAGGGUUCGCCCUUGGCGUUGGUGUCUGCAUAAUCAUGCUUGUUGGUUUUAUAUGCUAUUCUAGGAAACGAUCUUCUGGAUAUAACACCAUGUGAUUGUUACAAUGUUCAAUUUUAUGUUUUAUUAUAUAGCUGUGAUAUUUUUUUCCGACUGGUAUUUUAUGUACGAAUGAUUGUAUGAUGAUAUAUCAAGAUUUGUUAACUACACUUAGAAUUGGCCCUAAGUGUACCGACGAUAUUCUACGUUGGAAAAGUUUGCAAGUUUGCUUAUUGUGUUGAAUAUGUGGGAACACUAAUGAAACAAGUCAAUAUUAUGACCGCCAAUGAAAACACUAAUUUCGAAAAGCCGAGAUGCUCAUCAACGAAUUAGAUUUGGGAAUCUCCAUCCCUUUACGGACAUGGAACAACAAUUUAAGAGAUCUUCUACGAUAUUUCAGUCCAAUAAACUUUUAUAACUGAAUUAUUGUUUCACAGUUAUGAAUGAUUGAGUUAAGUGCAACAUAUUAAAUUAUGUUAUGUCGAUGUGAUAAAUAUGUUUUAUUUAUUGUUAAAUUUAGUACCAUUAAAUGUGGAAGACGA